CUUUGUUAGUUUACCUGACAGUUCACGUUCCUACUUUAGAUUAUUGCCGAAUAGCUUUGUUUGUCAAUUAUAAUUGGUACUUAGAUAUUCCGGAUUUAUUUCAUUCGGUUCAUGUGAAGGAUUGAUAACAUCAAAGAACAUUAUUUGUUUCGUUGAAUUUGAAUUGUACAUGUUUGAAAACCUUUAAAUGAAAUUUAUGUAAGCUGCACCACAUUUGUAAUACUAUCCCUCGGGAUUCCUCUUCAAUUGUAGGAAAAAGACGACAUUGAUAAAAAAGAUAAAGUUGCAAAAGCAGAAAAGGAAAACAUUGCGACCACUUCUAACGAAUCUGACCAGGGACAUGACAAGAAACAGAAGAAAAAGAAGAUGAAGCUCCCAGGGUGUUUUGGUUUCAUUUCUACAUGGAUUGCCAAAAGGAAAGAGAAACGUCGGGAAAAGAAAAGAAAGGCUAUAGCUAGCCGCACCCCCACACCAACGCUAGUUCAAUAUGAGCAUAGAAAAGCACGUGGCGGGGAGUCUUUUACCAUUGAAGUAGAUUGCAAACCAAUAGUCAUGAAGCCGAUAUUACCGCCAAUUAAGAAAGCUGACGGGCCUAUACGCCUAGCAUGUGAGGCUCGACAAGAAAAGGCCGAGGCCAAAAGAAAUGAUGAACUUUCCAAAAAGAAGGUACUGGCAAGAGAGCACCAGAGGAAAAAAACUGAAUGCAAGCAACGAAAGGACGAGUCCGAACACCGGUUUCAGGAAAGAGUUCGACUCACUAUCAGAUAUAGACAAGCAGACGCCGAAAGGAAUAGGAGCCGCAUGUCGUCCCAAAGAGCCAGCAUUAGCCGAAUGUCAACCAGAGCAAGAAGCUCACUGGCUGUUUCCUCCUCCUCAGAGUCUGUCGACGAGGGCAAUAAGAAAGCCCUCAAGGUCGGCAGCUCUCAUUAAAUUUUAGGCCGGUCGACACACCCUAUAAAUAGUAGGCCACAUACAUUAUGCUAUUGUCACGUGAUAGGACGUUUUCUUGACAUAAACUACAAAAAAGCAGCUUAAUCCCUUUUCUCUUACUCAUUUUUAAUUUUAUAAUGUAAUUUUUUUUUUCAUUUUAUUAUCAGAUGAUCAUAUUUUCUCGCCGUUUUCGCCUUUACUUUUGUGAUCCUUCUAUACUAAUUUCAAAUCAUAUUGUGUUUAACAUAUGUCCAUGACAAUUUAUUCAGACAAGCAUUUAUUUUCAGUUUGUCUUUAUUUUCUUUAUUUUUAAACUCCUGCUUUUGGAAAACAAGCUAAUAUCAUUUCGCUCUUAGUCUUGUUAAAUUUUCAAUUGACCAAAUUCUGUGAAAUUUCAACACACUGGUUAUUUUUAGCACUAUUUUCAGAAGCAAUACAAUGUCGAUAUAUUAAAUUAUCUAAAUGAUUAACUUUACAAAGU